CGCGGAGGGAGGCACUCCGGCGCGGCGGAGUAAGGGAAUGCGUUUAGCCCGCACAAACAUGGCUGCUGCCUUCCGAACUGCGAGCCGGGCGCUGCACCCGUUUGCAAAGAACAACAGCUGCAAUCCAGCGAGAAUCCAGCUACAAUGGCGAUGUCAGUUGACUGCAGCGGCACCUGUCGAGGUUAAAAAACCCAAGCCUCAAAUUCAGCCUGAAAAAAGGAAACCAAAAACAGGGAUUUUGAUGUUGAACAUGGGCGGCCCAGAGACUCUGGGAGAAGUACAUGAUUUCCUCCUUCGGUUGUUUCUGGACCGAGACCUAAUGACGCUUCCAGUCCAAAAUAAGCUCGCGCCCUUCAUUGCAAAGCGGCGCACUCCGAAAAUCCAGGAGCAGUACAGUCAGAUUGGAGGGGGAUCGCCCAUCAAGAAAUGGACAGCGACACAAGGAGAGGCCAUGGUGAAGCUCCUGGACGAAAUGGCUCCUCAUUCUGCUCCCCACAAGUACUAUAUCGGCUUCCGUUAUGUCCAUCCUCUGACAGAAGAAGCGAUUGAGCAGAUGGAGGAAGAGGGCGUCGAAAGGGCCAUUGCUUUCACACAGUACCCACAGUUCAGCUGCUCGACGACAGGGAGCAGUUUAAAUGCUAUCUACCGCUACUAUAACACAAAAGGGGCAAAGCCGAAGAUGAAGUGGAGCACCAUCGACCGGUGGCCGACGCAUCCCCUCCUCAUUCAGUGUUUUGCAGACCACAUCCAGAAGGAGCUGGACCUGUUUCCACCCGAUAAGAGGAAAGACGUUGUUAUACUUUUCUCCGCUCAUUCCCUACCCAUGUCUGUAGUUAAUCGAGGUGAUCCAUACCCACAAGAGGUGGGGGCCACUGUCCAGAGGGUUAUGGAGAAAGUCAACUAUUCCAACCCUUACAGGCUCGUGUGGCAGUCCAAGGUGGGCCCUAUGCCCUGGCUGGGUCCCCAGACCGAUGAGACCAUCAAAGGCCUCUGCCAAAGGGGGAAGAGGAAUAUUUUGUUGGUCCCGAUAGCGUUUACCAGCGACCACAUCGAAACGCUUUACGAACUGGACAUUGAGUACUCGCAGAAGCUAGCCACUGAGUGCGGGGUUGAAAACAUCAGAAGAGCAGAAUCACUCAAUGGAAAUCCUCUGUUUGCCAAGGCACUAGCAGACUUGGUCUGUUCCCACCUGCAGUCGAAUGAAAUCUGCUCCAAGCAGUUAACCCUCAGCUGCCCGCUCUGCGUGAAUCCGGUCUGCCGAGAGACGAAAUCUUUCUUUACCAGUCAAGGGCAAUGACGUGUACUUUACGGAGGGGGAGACCUUCAGGUGAAGAAGCCCCGUGGAUUUCGAGAAUCUGCCUGCAUGCUCUUUUCUUCAGCUCCUCCUUUUGGGCCGUUUCACUCACACAAGUGUCGUUUGUCAAGCGGCCCUUGAUCCGGAGGGGUGGUUUACACUGGGAUGCAAAGAGGGAAGAACCUGAAACGUGUUUUCUUUUCUGUUGAGGGAUCUAGCACGGAAGGGAAGUAACUUUCAAGGGCUUCAUCCUGCGGAGUGCUGAGAACACUUGUCUCCCUCUAAAACGGAUAACCCGGCAGGGGGAGACAAGGACCAUUAGCAUUCCUCGGUAUCGGUCCCAACAGUUCCAUUUUCAGGGUACCAAGAGCUAAAAUGUUACAGGUUGGUCUCCCCACCCACUUACACUGGGGGUUUGUUCUGUUGAUUUAAUUGAUGCCGUUCAGGGAUAAACGGCUGGUGGCUUUUGAUUUUGUGGGAGAGGGUCAGUCCGCCAGCCUAGGUCUGUCCAGUCCAGAAAGACUGCUCCAGAGACCUGGUUCUAAAGAUUGCUACCUAGAUCUCCGGGAGCUCUUAAUAUGCACUUAUAUUUACAUCAAGCCUUCCAGGUAGAAUAUACUACUAUUUUUUGAGGUCCUGUUUUUGGAGCUCUGUAGCAAAUCCGUUGAUCAGCUGACUGCCUUUACUGUUUUGUGUUUUUUAAAAUGGCUUUUAAUGAACAAGCUGACAUCUAAGGUUUGGGUUUUUUUAAAUGGCCUGUGUACAUACAUAUUUUUAAAACAGAGGUUGGUUUUGUUUCCUGUUGUGCUUAUUGUCAUAUGGAAGUGAUUCUGCAGCAUCCCAAAAAAGGUUUUGCCCUGCAUACAACCAAAUUAUACCCAGACUGUGUUUUAUGUAAUCUUUGCAGAGAUUUCAGUGGUGUAUGAAGAAAAGAUUUCUCUCUCUCUCUACUUUUUCCCUAAAAGAAAGGAAGUGCAUGCCUCUUCGAAUUUGGGCAUGAAGCCGACUUUAAGCACACUGAGUGGUAGUGGGGAUGUUUGUGGGUCGUUUUGCCGAACACUGAUGUGCCUUCACAGCUUCUAGGGGAGUUUUGGGUUUCUAGCCCCGCAGGAAUGUUUCACCCUCGCAGCAUGCCUGCAUUUGAUCUUGUGAGUCUGAGGCCACUGUCGCAUAUUGCUGGAUAAUGCACUCUCAAUGCACAGUCAUGUGCAACUGGAUUUUCUUCCGUGGAAUGGGAAAAGCCAGUUGCAAACUAUCGCCAAGUGCAUUAUCCGAUGUGUGUGGAAACUAUCUUAAAUUUGUUCACAAAGGGCAGAUGGGAUCGGUAACAGGCGUAGACUCCCACAGUGGGCAUGCCUAGCCCUGUUGUUGUCAUUAUUGCGGUCUGAGUUGAUUGACACUUGCGGCACUGCCAGUACCAAAUGGGGCCCUUGGCUCGGAUUACUCCCGGCCACUGGUGAUUUCCCCCCCCCAGCAGGAACUUUCCCGGUAAGCUAAAUGGCUGAUCCGCUCCUGCCUGUUCACAAGGCCUUCCGCGACCAAGCUUACGUUCCCGUGAGCUAUUCUUCAGUGGUAUACAUUGCGGGUGAUGUCAGUUACUGGAGAACGUGCAUCCAUGCCGGUGCCUGCAGAGAGUGUGCACUGGUUGACAGAGGAUGUUAUGCAUUGCUUGCUCCAUAUGUAGAAAUUGGCAGCUGCUUAUGGACAGGGUGGAUUGAUCAGGCACAUUUUUUACAUUGUACACUGGGAAGUCCCCAAGUGCACAAUGCUCAAGUUGACUGGUCGCUGUGGAUGCCACCCAGUUAGCAUCGUCCAGUUCUGCACAUUGCCCUGUGUUACUUGAAGACUCGGUUGGUGUGAGAUUCCUCUGUUGAUUAUAUCCAUUCUUGUUACACUUUCUCCAUGCCGUCAUGUGACUGGUGGCUUCCACAUGGAGGUUUUGAUGUGCUUUGGGGGGUGUGGAGCACCCACACGGCGGCAUCUCCUAACGGUCCACGUAUCCCCUUGCUUUGCUGAGAUCCUUCUGGUUUGAGAUUAGGAAAGAUAAUAAUCUUUUAUUGAAGGAGCACAGUUCAGCUGCUUUUUGGUGCACCAUGUGGAUGGGAUUGUGCACAUUUUUGAAGGUUUCAUCUCAGCUCCUGCCGUCCUCCUUCCCUGCACUGGCAAACUUUAGGGGCCUUUAAAAAAAAAAAAUAAUCCGCAGCUGCUAGAUUGCUGUAGUGCAAUAACGGUAUGAUGCUCUAUUGUCACGAUCCAGUUGCCAAUUUUCAUUUUUAAAAAGUCUUUCCUUUGCUGAGAUAUGGUACACCUUUCCCCUUAUAUCUAUGCAAUGAAAUGCGUUGGAUAGUGACUUGUUUUAAAAAAACCCCCAACAAACCUUGGGUCUGGUAGAUUGCAGCUGUAGAUCAUGGUAAUAUUAUUGUGCUGUCACUGAUUUUUGAGAAAAGCCCUCCAAUGGCAGAAGGGAAAGGGAGACCAGAGGAAGCAGAAGAAAGGGGAAUGUGGGGGAAAGAGCCCAUGGGGAAGCUUCUUUGCCAUUGCAAGAGGCCCUCUGCAUUCAGACCAGCAGCAAGAGCCGUGCAGAAAACCAUCGCUGUUGUGGGACCAGCCUACGUGCACAACCAUUAGUGUGCAUGCACAUUCUCCAUUACACUUCCAUUAAUAACCGUGCACAGGGGUCCUUUAUGAGUAAAUUGUAAGGAAAUCGGCAAACGUUGACAUUUACCAGUAAUUUUAGAAGGCCUGCUGGGAAACGUCAGAAAUGUUUGUGUCGUGACCACUUGUUUUUUGAUGUUCCCAGGGCAUAUUAUUAAUAAACGGCCAGCAUUGAGAGAGAUGGAAAGGAAGUGGUUGCUUGGAUGCUUAAUUUAAGGUGCUGGUAAAUUUCAAGAUCUUCUGCCUUUCCUCAGUUCUAUGAAGGACUAUUGGUAAAUGUUAACAUUUACCAAACUUCCAAUAUCUAACAGCAAUAUGUACAGUUUAGCUAUCAGUGGGAAUUUCUCCAGAAACUGCCCAUCAGUGCGACUCAGAAACGGCCCUGAGUGCUGAGAAUAUAAUUUUGUUUUUCCAAAGAGUCGGCCCCAUUGAUCCGCACGGGCUGGCUGUGGGGUCGAUGCUGCCUUCAC